AAUAGGGGCGGGAAGCGCCCUGGAUGCCUAAUAAAAAAUAAUCCGAACAUUGAUUCCAGAGAAAUGCUUUUAUUAUUGUUACUAGUAUGUGUAUGUACUCAAUAUGCUAGUACAAAGCUUAAUGAUCACAGUGCUAGUACAGAUACUAUCAAUAAUAUUGAGGAUGAGACAAAUCUAGAAUACUACAGGGAAACGGGAUCAGAGGGGGACACCAUCAAAUAUAUCAGGAAGGAUGAAUUGGAAAGUAUCCGUGAACAGGCAAGGAUUGGUCUGGGUAAUCUCACAAAGGAGGUUCAAGGAAGGGAGGGUAGAACCCUGCCAUUGAUCGGAGGUGUACUGAUCGGGCUUCAGUGCUUUACCUUUCACUGUCAAGCAGAUAUAAAGAAGUCCCAGUUUUGCUGUGCAAGGAGUCAAAAUGUACACUGUUGCAUUAUUUACAGGCAGCAAUAUCUGGCCUUGCUGAAUACUCCCUUUCUACCAGGGAUUUCUGACCCAGCUUUUAAACCUACAAAUAGGCCGCCAUACCCUCACUACUAUCCAGAUCAUGAUGAUCACCACCAUGAUUAUGAUGAUCAUCAUUUUGAUGGGGGUUGUCAGGAUUCCAACUGCUACAACAAUCCGACAUUACGACCUCCGUAUGAACCAAGACCUCCAUAUACCCCUCGACCUCCCUACAACCCUCCUUCCUCCUUCUAUCCUGCUAAUAAUCCAUCUUCCAACUCCUAUGACCCUAAUUCAUUUGUUGACUGGAAUACUAGGAUGAAGGCUGGCUACUGCCCAAGAGAAGACUAUUUGGGUGAGGGACGGAGCAUCAGCAAUUGGUUUCUCAGUAUCCCCAACUCAGUCCCAUUAGUUCCUGGAAGACAAUUUGAAGAUGUCUACAAAACCUGUCGGGAUGAUUUUGACUGUUUAGGAAGACAAAAAUGUUGUCCAUCCAGAUUAUCCUACAGUGAUACAUCUAGUAUUUGCAGAUAUCCUCAGCAGUAUUUGGGAUACAGAGCUAGAAAAGAAGAUAUCACCAUCUAAACAAAACAUGAAGAUGCCUUAACAUGGAUAUCUAAGAAACUGCUUUCACUUUUGAUGUUAUUUUUAUCUCCCGUUCAACGAAAUAGCUGAUCUUAAUUCAUAGAGUAACUUGAAUUAACUGUUAUUAAGAACGUUUUAUCAAAUAGCUAUCAGAAGAUAGUAAA